UAUUAUUCUCAGGCAAGUCCAAUACUUGGUUAGUUAGCAAAAAACAAUUGGAUCCGCAUCUGCAAGUCUGUAACUGCAAUGUUCACUCCGCGAUCUACGGGCUAAGCGGUUUCAUCUCCCUUUCCACCACCGUCUGCCGCCUUGCUACGGCCGCCGUCCACCGAUUUCCGACUCACUAAUAAUGGAGCCGGAUGUGAGCAUCGAGACGAGCUGCAUGAUCCGUGUGGCGGUGCUCCCAAUCGGGUCAAUUCCGAUCCCGCUCUUCCGAGAUUACACCUCCAUGCUGGUCCGCCACCACACUGUAUCGCUCUCCUCCAUCAGCUCCUUCUACACGGAGCACCAGAAGUCUCCCUUCUCUCACCAGCCUUGGGAUUCCGGCAGCCUUCGGUUCAAGUUCAUGGCCGGCGGCUCUCCUGCUAGCCCUUGGGAGGACUUCCAGUCCAAUCGUAAGAUCCUCGCGGUCCUUGGCAUUUGCCACUGCCCUUCGUCUCCUGAUCUCAAUUCCGUCGCCGAGCAAUUUAACGUUUCCUGUAAGGGUUACUCGUCUUCACUAGUUCAACGCUGUUUCGCCUUCUGCCCCGGAGAUUCUCAGCUAGAGGAUGAUGCUUACAAAGGCAGCAACAUAGUUUUGUUUCCACCAGCAGAUAGACUGACUCAGGAGUUCCACUUGCAAACUAUGAUGCAAGAUAUUGCUGCCUCACUGUUGAUGGAAUUUGAAAAAUGGGUUCUUCAAGCGGAAUCUGGUGGAACUAUUCUGAAGACUCCUUUAGAUUCUCAAGCUAGUCUCAGCUCAGAGGAGGUUAUAAAGGCAAAGAAACGAAGACUUGGCAGGGCACAAAAAACUAUUGGAGAUUACUGUUUGUUGGCAGGAUCACCUGUUGAUGCCAAUGCCCAUUAUUCCACUGCACUUGAACUUGCUAGGUUGACAGGGGACUUCUUCUGGUAUGCUGGUGCGAUGGAGGGGAGUGUGUGUGCAUUGCUUCUAGAUCGUAUGGGCCAGAGAGAUCCUGUACUAGAGGAGGAGGUCAAGUAUCGUUACAAUAGUGUCAUUUUGCAUUACAGAAAAUCAUUUAUACAAGACAAUGCUCAGAGAGUUUCACCCUUAAGCUUUGAGCUUGAGGCUACAUUAAAAUUAGCAAGAUAUCUAUGCAGCAGGCGGGAGCUAGCUAAGGAAGUGGUUGAGUUGUUGACAACUGCUGCUGAUGGAGCAAAAUCUUUAAUUGAUGCUAGUGACAGAUUGGUUUUAUACAUUGAAAUAGCUCGUCUGUUUGGUACACUUGGUUAUCACCGAAAGGCUGCCUUCUUCUCAAGGCAGGUGGCUCAGCUAUACUUGCAACAAGAGAAUAGAUUAGCUGCUACAAGUGCCAUGCAAGUAUUGGCCAUGACCACAAAGGCAUACCGUGUUCAAAGUAGAGCUUCUAGUGAACAUUCUAUUUGUCAGGCAAUUGGACCUGCUCAUGUUGAUGGAGGGAAAAUGCAUCACAACUGGAUAGUCUCACUCUUUGAAUCUCAAUGGAGUACACUUCAGAUGGUUGUGCUUAGGGAAAUACUUUUAUCUUCUGUCCGUGCGGGAGAUCCUCUUGCUGCAUGGAGUGCAGCAGCACGCCUUCUUAGAUCUUAUUAUCCUUUGAUUACCCCAGCUGGGCAAAAUGGCUUGGCAAGUGCCCUUUCAAAUUCAUCAGAGAGGCUUCCUUCAGGAACUCGUUGUGCUGAUCCUGCCUUACCUUUCAUAAGGUUGCAUUCAUUUCCACUACAUUCCUCACAACUGGCCAUAGUAAAGCGCAAUCCUUCUAGAGAAGAUUGGUGGGCAGGAUCCGCUCCAUCAGGACCUUUUAUUUAUACACCAUUCAGCAAAGGGGAGUCAACUCAAAGUAGUAAACAGGAGCUGAUCUGGGUUGUUGGCGAACCAGUGCGGGUCCUGGUGGAGUUGGCAAAUCCUUGUGGUUUUGACUUGAUGGUUGACAGUAUAUACUUAUCAGUGAAUUCUGAAAAUUUUGAUGCUUUCCCUGUUAGUGUUAAUCUUCCUCCUAAUUCAUCGAAGGUUAUUACAUUAUCUGGAAUCCCUACUAAAAUGGGAUCAGUGACAAUUCCCGGAUGCAUUGUUCAUUGUUUUGGUGUUAUCACUGAACAUUUUUUCAAGGAAGUUGAUAAUCUGCUUCUUGGGGCAGCACAAGGACUGGUAUUGUCUGACCCUUUCCGCUGCUGUGGUUCACAAAAGUUGAAAAACAUAUCUGUUCCGAGUAUUUCAGUGGUCCCUCCACUGCCAUUGUUGGUGUCACGUGUUGCUGGAACUGAUGGUGCUAUUAUCCUAUAUGAAGGUGAGAUUCGGGAAGUACAGAUUACUUUGGCAAAUGCAGGCACAGUUCCAGUUGAGCAGGCCCACAUUUCAUUAUCAGGGAAGAACCAAGAUUCAGUUAUAUCAAUCGCUUAUGAAACCUUGAAGUCUAACCUUCCUCUUAAGCCUGGUGCAGAGGUGAGGAUACCUGUCACUUUAAAAGCUUGGCAGCUUGGUAUAACGGAUCCUGAUACUACUUCUCCCAACAAGAGUGUUUCCUCAAACACUGGGAGGCAAGUCAAGGAUGGAAGCAGCCCAAUGUUGCUGAUCCACUAUGCAGGCCCAUUGACGAUGCCUGGGGAGCCACCAGUAGAUGGUUCUGUUCCUCCUCCUGGAAGGCGGCUGGCUAUUCCCUUGAACAUCUGUGUCACACCAUGCCUCUCUUUUGUGAAGGCUCGUUUGCUCUCAAUGGAGAUUCCUGCUUAUGUUGGUGAAAAUCUUCCAAAACUAAAAACUGAGGAUUCUAUUGAAGAAGCCACCUGUACUGAAAGACAGGCUGAUAAGUUUAUGAAAAUUGACCCUUACAGGGGUAGUUGGGGGCUGCGUUUUCUUGAGCUGGAGUUAUCUAAUCCAACAGAUGUUGUGUUUGAGAUUGGAGUGUCUGUUCAACUUGAGAACUCUUCCAAUGAGGAUAGUCCUGAAUAUAAGUAUCCUAGAACCAGGGUUGACAGGGAUUACACUGCCAGAGUGCUAAUACCUUUGGAACACUUCAAAUUACCUGUUCUUGAUGGUUCUUUCCUUGUUAAGGACUCCUCAAUGAAUGGGACCACCAACAAAAGUUCAAGCUUCUCGGAGAAAAACAGCAAAGCUGAACUUAAUGCUUGUAUCAAGAAUCUGAUUUCUCGGAUUAAAGUCAGGUGGCAAUCUGGACGGAAUAGCUCAGGAGAACUAAAUAUCAAGGAUGCAAUACAGGCUGCUUUACAGUCAUCUGUGAUGGAUGUACUGCUACCAGAUCCACUAACCUUUGGAUUUUCUCUCGCAAAAAAUGGUUCACCGGAAAUUGAUGUGCCCAAGGAAUUUGACAUGCAAAAUAAUUCCCUUGCAUGUAAAAGUUCCGUUAUUGCGCAUGAGAUGACACCAAUGGAAGUCCUUGUACGGAAUAAUACAAAAGAAACUAUUAAAUUAAGUCUUAGCAUCACAUGUCGAGACGUAGCUGGUGAAAACUGUGUGGAAGGCGACAAGACAACUGUGUUAUGGGCAGGUGUUUUGAAUGGUAUUGCCAUGGAGGUGCCCCCGCUCCAGGAAAUCAAGCAUUUCUUCUCCAUGUAUUUCCUGGUUCCAGGUGAGUAUACGCUAUUAGCUGCUGCUGCAAUUGAUGAUGCUAAUGAAAUUCUCAGGGCCCGAGCAAGAGCAAGCUCAAGCGAUGAGUCAAUCUUUUGUCGUGGCCCGCCAUUUCACAUCAGAGUCAAUGGGACUCUCUGAUUGUUGAGAGUUUUGUUUGUCCAAUCUCUCUAUUCUGAGCCAUCCAUAGUUAUACCGGGCCUGGAUUUCUUCCUAAUUUGUUGUAAAGGAGUGCUCUAUUGAUACAACUCCAAAUAAUGUUGGAUUAAAAUUGUGGAUUAACAUUUGUAAUGCAUAUUGAAGAACACUAUUAUUUUUCCCACUUGCCUGGAUUUUUCACUAGUGUUUAUUGUUACCAGUUCCUAUAGGGUUGACGGGGUGUGCACAAGUAUGUGAAGUUUCAGUUCAUUGAAUAUAUCGAUAAGUUUUGGU